CAAUACCUCAACCACCGCCGCUAUCUGGCGCGGAGACUUUGCUCCAGUAUACCCGUCAUAUUUGCUGGGUCCGAAAAAAAAGAGGUUCCGAGUCUUGAGUUGACGUUUGGUGACGGUAACGAUGAUGUCAUGACCGCUUGAUGUUUACCUACCUGCGUUCUCACGACACGGAUAUAUAUAUACCUAUACAUCUAAGAAGGCAUUUCUAUCUUGGCAAUUUUUUGGAGAUUCUCAUACUCGAGUAAUAAUCCCAUUUUUGAUUAUACACAUUGUCAAUACUUUGAUUCAACCUAACUAGUGAACGGAAGCCGGAGUAGCAACAUAUUAUCUUGGCAUUGUAUACAUCUCCCAUCAUGUCUGGCCAAUUCAAAGAAGGUCACUCAAUCCCGGUGACUCACCAGGAAUUUCCUGGCAAGGAACACAAGCUGCCACUGGAGGCUCAAUACGACACCCUGCCCACGGAUGAGGGUGGCUACCAGAAGUACCGCGCAGCGGGAAAGCUAGAGGGCAAGAAGGCUCUCAUCACCGGUGGAGAUUCAGGAAUUGGACGUGCCACAGCCCUUCUGUUCGCCAUGGAGGGCGCCGACUCUUUCAUAGCGUACCUCCCUGAUGAGCAGAAGGACGCCGAGGAGACGAAGAAGCUGGUCGAGGCUAACGGCAGGAGAUGUCAUCUAUUCGCUACGGACUUAACGAGCAAGGAUAAUUGCAAGAAGGCCGUCGACGAAGCUGUAAAGGCAAUGGGCAGAGUCAAUAUCCUCUUCAACAACGCGGCUUACCAAAUGAUGAUCAACGAUAUCCACGAUCUAAGCGAGGACCAAUGGAUACACACCUUCAACACCAACAUCCACCCCUAUUUCUAUCUAGCCAAAUACGUUCUCCCCCAAAUGAAGCGCGGCGACACGAUCAUCAACAACGCCAGCAUCAACGCCUACAUCGGGCGGCCAGACCUGCUCGACUACACUUCGACGAAGGGUGCUAUAGUGUCCUUCACGCGCGGUCUGAGCAACCAGUUCGUGUCCAAGGGUAUUCGCGUCAAUGCCGUAGCCCCCGGUCCCGUAUGGACACCUCUUAUCCCAUCAACUAUGACCGAUGAGGCGCAAGAGUCGUUCACAUCCCCCAUGGGCCGGCCCUCGCAGCCGAGCGAGAUCGCCACGUGCGUCGUCUUCCUCGCGGCCAAGGACAGCUCGUCUAUCAGUGGACAAACCAUCCACUGCAACGGCGGUGUUAUCGUCAACGGCUAAAUAUGUGUAAUAUACAAGGGGCUUGUCGGAGAUGGAAUAUGAAGAAGAACGUCGCGCAACGUAUAGAGUAAUCGGCAUGUUAAAAUAGGUAGCGUGUGGGAUUUCCACUCCAAAUAGCUUUACUAAUUGCUCAACUCCAAGCAGUAAUAUACCUAAUACGAUUCAUGUGCCAAUUGAUUCUAUAAGAUGAGUUUCUGGGUUAAUUCUAUCUCAUAUAACUACACUCCUACUUUUAUCUCGGCG